GUCAUAUUUGUAGUCUUAAUUCGUAAUGAUUCACGCAUUAACCACGAGACUGUGUGCUUAGUAGUUUGGUGUGCUAGUUUAAUCUAGCAAACGGUGUUUAGGUACUUAUUUUCCCGGAGAUAGUAGUAAUGCAUAAGUUGACGCACAGUCUGGUUUCGCGAUUAAGCACGCGCAACUUUAAACGUGUGUACUCAGCACUUCCUUCUCCGGAAAAACGACAGCCGAAAGCAGCGCAACGAGUAUGGAAAUCUCUUUUCGGUCGUUAUCUUCUGGUUACCAACACCGUCAGCUCCGGACUACUUAUGAUGUUGGGUGAUAUUGUCGCGCAGGAAAUCGAGCAGCGUAACGAUGGUGCGUUGCACAAACCGUACGACUGGAAGCGAAUAGGCUGUAUGACAAUAGUUGGCAUAUCACAAGGUCCGUUACACCACUACCUCUAUAUGUGGAUGGAUCGGGCUCUGCCAGGAGUAGAUAUGAAAACAGUAUUCCGAAAGAUUGGUCUGGAUCAGUUUGUGAUGUCACCGAUCUUCAUUAUCAGUUACCUGUACAGUGCCGGAUUAUUGGAAGGUAACAGCAUGAGACACUGCACCGACGAACUAAAAGCAAAGUAUUGGACCAUUUACGCCGCUGAUUGGUUGAUAUGGCCACCAACACAGUUCAUCAACUUUUAUCUUCUUGGUCCGCAAUAUCGUGUACUCUAUAUUAAUGCAAUCACUAUGUUGUACAAUAUCUUUCUUUGCUACAUCAAGCACAAUGAUAACCUUACAUUAACAUUUGGAGACUAGAGAAUCUGAAAGUUCGGUUCAUAAUCUCAAACAAACACAUUGUUU